CUCCCUUCGCUGCCUCUCUUUCAUUCACAGUUCACACACCCCCGCGAUAUUUUACCGAUAAUUUCACGCUCCAAUUCACUCGCGAGAACUCCCCUCCCUUAAUAUCUCCUCCAAAAGUUAAAAAAUCCAAAAUGAAUGAAUAAAAGAAAAAGAAAAAAGAAAAACGGAAGAAGAAGAUUGGAGUGAAGAACAAGAAGCAGAAGAAGCAGUGCAGUGGCAUCUCAACGACUUAACCAGUCAAAGCUGGUUCUUCACUUCACUCCUCUCAUGCUUCAACUUCAAAAAGAGCCUCUUAAUUUAAUUUAAUUACCAUUCUGCCCACCCCCUUUCCUUUAUUGCACUGUCCUGCCUCAGCCUCUCUAUAUAUCUAUCCACAUCUCUCUCAUUCUCCCAAACUAAUUUUUAUUCAUCAACCCUCACACAAAACCCCUUUUACUUUAAUUCAUUUUCUUAUAUUUAACCAAUGCGUCUUUCUCAUUCAACACACUUUGCUAUUAAUUAAUCCUACUUCUUCGAUCUGCUUCUUUCUCAGUUUCAGAGCUCCUCAUCGCUCCAACCUAAACCUUUAUCUCUUUCGGGUUUUUUUUUCAACCCUAGACCAUUCAUUCACCUCACAUCACUUUCGAAUGCUGUUUCUGUUCCAAUGAACAAGUGAAAUAAGAACAGAAGAAGAGAAGCUUUGAAAAUGCGAGUGAAGGAAAUGCACCCAUUGUGCUGCAUCUCGCUGGAGAGUCCGGGGAUCGGGAGCGACUCGCCGGAGCCAGAGGCGGCCGCGCUUUCCAGGACGAGGAGUCUUCCGGCGGGCGGAUCUGACGGCAUUGCGCGCCGGGGAUCGGAGGCCACGGUGGCCGGCGUGCUCUACAAGUGGACUAAUUACGGCAAAGGAUGGAGAUCCCGCUGGUUCCUCCUCCGCAAUGGCGUCCUCUCCUACGCCAAGCUCCGGUGGCCGGAGAAUCUCAACCUCCUAUCUACCGUCGACGACGUCCGCCUCAUCGGAGAGGUCACCGCCAAUCGCCUCGCCAGAGACGCCGCCGCGGCCACCAUGCGUCGGAAGAAUCACAAACCUCCUUCCUCCUCUUCGUCUGCCGUUGUCCAUCUCAAGAUCUCGUCAUUUAGAGAGAGCAAGUCAGACGAUAGAAGGUUCUAUAUAUUCACAGCAACAAAGACUCUCCACCUGAGAACCGAUUCAAGGAAGGACCGUGUGGCGUGGAUCCAAGCCUUGAUUUCAACUCGUGGAUUGUAUCCACUUCGACCACUGAGUGACCAUCUUUCCCUCGCACCAAAUCAUAUAUCUGUUUCAACUGAGAGGCUCAAGAAGCGCUUGAUUGAAGAGGGUAGUAGCGAGAGCCUUAUCAAGGAGUGUGAGCAAAUCAUGCUCACCGAGUUCUCCAAAUUACAAGAGCAACUUCAGAUCCUAUGUCAAGAACGAACGAACUUGCUAGAUACAAUAAGACAGCUGGAGGUAAUUUCACUAUUUCAUUACUUGUUGGAAUGA